AAAAUAAUAAAGUCAGUUGAAAUCACGAAGCUGGUAAAUAUGAGAGUUGACUUUCUAACUGGUUUCGUUUUUGAAGCCUGUGUUUAAAUUCAUCGGAUUUUACGUGACCUUCCCGAAAAAGUUACAUAACCAAUUUGAAGUUCCAACAUCAAUAGCGUGAGGAUUACGUUCCUAUGAAAGAAAAAGUUCGAAACCUAAUUUUUGGGUGCAUCUCAGUUUUGGGAGGCGUUCUAAUCCAUUUUGCCUUUGGUUUCUUCUAUAGUACUGCUAACAUUGUACCCUAUAUUAUUAGUUACAUCGUAGUACGGGUUGACCCGGAAUUGCCAAAUACAUCAUCAGUUUGGAUAUCUGGCAUUGCUUUGGCUAUACAGGGCGUUUCUAUGCCAUUUGGUGGAUUGGUUGCCAGGAAGUGGGGCUUUCGUAUUGUUGUUGCUGUCAGUUGUUUACUUGAUAGCAUUAGUAUUUUUCUGACUUACGUCACUGUACAGAGGUCCUUUCCUGGAGUCAUCAUUACGUAUUCUGUACUGCAAGGGUUGGGUUUGGGUUUUGGCUAUUCCGUAGUAUUGUCUGUGGCCGCAACGUGGUUUCCAAAACGACGUGGUCUCGUAGUUGGUGUGAUUGUUGGUGGCUUUGGCUUAGGAGCCCUGGUGUUCACUCCGAUCGAAACUGCUUUAAUCAAUCCAAGCAAUAUCCCUGUUGACCCGAAAACAAGGCAUUUUACGCAUCCUGAUAUCCUUGAUCGGGUUCCAGUUGCGUUUUUGAUUCUUGGUGGUAUUCUUCUUGCAUUACAAAUAAUUGGAUUUAUAUUAUUGCGUCCAAAACCACUUGAAAGUACACAAGAUCGAGACACAGAACUGGUUGUGCGAAAUAGAAUAAAUUCUGAUCCUAAUCCAGUUAUUGGACGUUUGCGUUCAACCCAAACAAUUGUUUCAUUAUAUAGACUUUUAUCUUUUAUGGUUUGUAAUGUUCUGUGACAUCAUACCAAUCACUAUAAUAACAUCGGCUUAUAAACUGUUUGGUGCUCAGUAUAUUGAUGAUGACCAAUUCUUAUCCAUUGUGGCUACAUUUUCAUCUCUUUUCAAUGCCGGUGGUCGUGUUAUUUGGGGUGCCAUUGUUGAUCGAUUAUCCUUUAAGAUACCAAUGAUGAUCAUGCUUGUAAUUUGGGCAAUAGUGCUAUUAUCAUUCCCACAUAUUGGAUCACUGUCAAGUGUUGGAUUAAAAGUUACGUAUGCUAUUUGGGUGUUCAUUUUGUUUUUUUCGCUGAGUGGUGUUUUCGUCAUUCAACCUGCGGCUACUGGGAUUCUGUUUGGCCCUUUAAAUAUGGCGGUGAAUUAUGGGAUAAUUUUCACUGGAUUUUUGGCAGUAUUCUCUGUGCGAUCAUUACAUACUUCAUUAAUACCCCGAAUGCUUAUUUGGUACAAUUUACUGGUUGUGGUUGCGUGUGCAUAGUUGCUCUAAUCGCCAGCGUUUGGAUAGAAGACCGAAAAAUGUCAAAGCGUUGUAAAAUCUGCAAUUGUUGCACUACUAUGUGUAAAUCUCUACGAGUUGGAUAUCAUGGUAUUGAAGGUACAGAGGCAAUAUUAGAUGAUACAAGUUGAAAAAGAACAACAAUUAAAAACAUAUUAAUGGAGCAAUUUACAAUUUAUAUAUUUAUUUAUAAGCAGAUUAGUUCUCUUUAUUAAAAAAGGUACAUUUGUCACGAUUUUCGAUAAAUUAAGUAGAACAUUUUGAUUUUUAGUAAAUAAGCUAUUAAGGUUUGUUGUUUUGUUUUUGUAUAAACAAGGUGGAUGUUUUUCCAUUUAGAAAUGUUCCUAUCAACUUUCCCAACCAAAACAUUUUUAUAUGCAAUUGUUCUGGUUUUUAUAAUUUAUAUAUGUGAAUGUGAUUUUAUAGCAAGUAUUUUGCUACAUUAAUAUUCAUUUUAUUGUUGUGUGGUAAGUGAAUAUAAACUAAAGAAAAAGAGAAAUAUCAUUGUUUCAUUUGGACAGUUGUUUUCUAUCAAAAUACUGGUUUUAAUUAGAUUACAAAUUUUUAGUACUGUCAAUAGUGCACAGUAAUAUAUAUAAUUUCAGAUAUAGUAAUAUAAAAAAAUCAAUAGUCUACCAACAUCUCAGAAUACCGAAUCCGUUUUAAUCACUCCUAUACGUAUGGAAACUAACAACAAGAUCAUAAUUAAUCACUCGAAUGUUAAAUAUUUGUAACUAGCAUUUUUAAGUCACACAGAUCUAGUUCAGAAACGUAUCGUGAUUCUACG